GGAGGCUUGUUGGGGUCAGAAAAAGUGGGCGAAUAGGCAGUGUGCUCUUGGAAAAGGAGCAAAUCCAAGAUUGAAUUUCCGCCUAACAGCAUUCCCCAUGCUGAGAGCGAGAGACAGCGCAAGGGUGCAAGCGCAGACAGUGAGUGACCUAUAAACAAGCUUAACAAUUUUAACUUUACCCACGGUGGCAGAUUAACACCACAGCAGCCCCUGAAGAAGCACACUACUCCCUCUAUCUCCUCCCCUCACCUCCUAAAUGUGACUCAAGGGAGAAUUAGGAGGGGUUGCCUGGAUGGUGUGAUGAUGGGUCGGCCCAGAAGGCACAUGGAGGUGAAGGAACAGCAGGAGGGUUAUGGUCACUCGCCUGGGGUUUGAAGCACUAGCCUGAAGCAUUAGCUGCCGGGCAGGCAGGUGCAAGGAGGAGCUGAACUAAGAACAAAGAAAAAAUAAUACAAACAAAAAAACUUGGAACUAUUCCAGGCUGAGACAUGGACAAUCAUAAGGGGGGAGGUACAGAUCGAGGUGGAGGCGAGACAAAAGAUAAACAGAAAGCUGAGGAGGUCAGCGAUGAAGAUAAGCAGGCCAAAAACAAGCAGAACAAGUUGGAGAAAGAGAGCAGCAAGGAGCCAAGGGCCCAUCCCAGAAGGGAGAACCGCCGGCGGUGUCAGUGGGCUCUGACGGAGCGUCUGGCCAUCAACGUGUCAGGGAUGCGUUAUGAGACCCAACUGCGCACCCUCGCUCAGUUCCCAGACUCCCUGUUGGGUGACCCCCAGCGUCGAAUUCGCUACUUCGACCCUCUGAGGAAUGAAGUCUUCUUGGAUAGAAACCGCAUCUGCUUUGACGCCAUCCUCUACUUCUAUCAGUCAGGUGGGAGGCUGCGGAGGCCCGCCAACAUCCCCCUGGACAUGUUCCUGGAGGAGCUGCGGUUCUACGAGCUCGGAGAGGAGAUCAUUGACCGCUUCAAAGAGGAUGAAGGCUUCGCCAAAGAGGAGGAGAGACCUCUACCUGAAAAAAAGUGGCAGCAGCAAAUCUGGAAGCUGUUUGAGUAUCCGGAAUCAUCCGGCGGAGCCCGGAUCAUCGCCAUCAUCAGUGUCAUGGUCAUUGUGAUCUCCAUUCUCAUCUUCUGCCUGGAGACCCUGCCUGAGUUCAGAAAUGAAAAGGAGCGGAGGGAGCAAUACUCCAUCACUCCUCACCCCAACAUAUCAAACAAGACCAUCUUGGUCCCACCUGGAUUCACUGCCUUCCAGGACCCAUUCUUCAUAGUAGAGACAAUCUGCAUCUGCUGGUUCUCAUUUGAACUCAUCAUGCGCUUCAUUAGCGCUCCCAACAAGGUGCACUUUUUUAAAGACAUCAUGAACAUCAUAGACUUCUUCGCCAUCCUGCCUUAUUUUGUCACAGUGGGCACGGAGCUAGCAAAGGACAAAGGUACGCAGCCCUCCGUGUCUCUGGCUCUCAUCAGAGUCAUCAGGCUAGUGAGAGUCUUCAGGAUCUUCAAGCUCUCUCGUCACUCCAAGGGCCUCCAGAUCCUGGGCCAGACGCUGAAGGCCAGCCUGAGAGAGCUCGCCCUGCUCAUCUUCUUCCUCUUCAUUGGCGUCAUACUCUUUUCUAGCGCUGUCUACUUCGCUGAGGUGGACAGUCCUGGAACAAACUUCAAAAGCAUCCCUGAGGCCUUCUGGUGGGCAGUUGUGUCCAUGACUACAGUCGGGUACGGGGACAUGUGCCCGGGCACGGUUGGGGGAAAGCUGGUGGGCUCCAUGUGUGCCAUUGCUGGCGUGCUCACCAUCUCUUUGCCUGUGCCUGUCAUUGUGUCCAACUUCAGCUACUUUUACCACAGAGAGAUGGAGUGCGAGGACACCAGGGUGUACCAGCAUGUCUCCACAUCGCUCUGGGAAAAGGAAGGAGAUGAUGAUGAAGAUGAGGAGGACGACGAUGGAAUGGAUGAGUGGCCUGAAUAUAUGAGGGAUUAUGCACCACUGUAUGGGCAGAACAGGGCUAUUUGCCCUCCGAUCAAUGGACCUCUUUUGACAGGCCUUUGUGCAGGACAGGUAGCCGGGGAUCAGAGAGACAUGGGGUUCCUCUUUAAGGAAUCUCGCGUCACUCAGGUCUGACAGACUGCAGAGUGCUAAACUCAUGGCCACACAUCAAGAAAACAGAGCCAAGAUAUAAAAAGAUACUGCUGAAAGGACACAAAGAGGGAGACAUGAAAUCCAAGAAGUGCAGUGACAUGUGAACAUAGUUUUAUAUGUUAAGCUUUUGCAUGAUUAUACUCGACUCACAGCUACCCACGAAGCAUCCGUUUUCCUCAGUAAAUAAACAGAAAAAAAGUAAAAUGUUUCCAGAUGCCUCAAAGCAUUUUCUGUGCAUCUCACAUGAAAAAUAUUCCACCAGCUGCAAAAUGAUUUAAAUUAUAACCACCCUCUCUGGUUCUUUAACCAAACACAGAUGAAAGUUACUUACAUGUUUUGGUCACAGGAAGAAUGAAUGUAGAAUGACUGCAAUGAAUCGACCUAGAAUUUCCUUUAACCAGAUAAUUUCCUGAAAAUAACUUAAACACUAAAUUCUGCUUCUCCUCAUUUUCUGCCAAAUCACUUUUAUUUGUACAGCUCAUUUAACCCAGAGUGCUUUCCAGUCAAUAUGUACACUGUCAUGUGUAUAAUAUUACAAUAUCUUGUCUUAAAUUAUGUGGAAACAGUAUUCGACUACAGCUGUCUGAAUUCAAUCCCAUUGACACAGGUGUAUAAAAUCAAGCAACUAGCCAUGCAGUUUGUUUUUUACAAGCAUUUGUGAAAGGAAGAGUUGCUUUAGAGAGUUCACCGAAUCAGAGCGUGGUACUGGCAUUAACAUCAGCACAAAAACUGUGUGCUGGGAGUUUCGUGGCAUGGGUUUUCAUGGGCAAACAGGGGUGGCCCAGUACUUUUUACACGUUACAUAUUAAGCAAUCAGCCAAUCACAACAAAGUAUUCUGUACAGAGGAUGAACUGAAAGGAUGCACCAUAUAUAACAAACGAUGACUAUUUUAGCCUAUGUUUUACCUGAUGGGGUACAAUGUUGCUGUUGAGGGGUUGCUGCUGCUCCUGCUGCUGAUAGUGCUGGAAGGCAGGGCUCUACUGCUUUGAGACUGUAGAUGUUAAAAAGUCCAUAGGAGAGAUGGUAGCUGAUUAAACAAGUGCUAUGAGAUAAUAAAAUGCAAAGAUUGGUGACAGCGCUUGAAAUCAUAAGGCAAGAAUUUAAAAAAACUGUGGGAAAUAAACUAGGCUCUGCCUGUGACUCAG